UACAAAGAGUACAUGAUGAACUAUACAUCAAAUUCAGACAAAAAAACCUCUUCACAUUUUCUUCUUCCAAUUGGGUCUCACAGAUCAACCCUUUUUCACUGCAAAAUCUAUCUUCCUUCCUUCCUUCCUUCCUGCACAAAUCAAAUCAAAUCAAAUCAACCCCCUUUUCACUGCAAUAUCUUCUUCCACUAAUCAACAAUAACAAGUUAUUAGGUAACUCCUCAAUCUUCCCCUAUUCUUCUUUUAUUUCCUCCAAUCAUCUCAUCAAACCAUAUUAUCCCCAAUUUAUGAUCUUUUUAGGGUUUCAAAUCCAUCAGUUUUAUUGAAUUCCUGUAAUUAGAAACCUCAAUCAUGUUAUUCAUCCAGAUUUUCACAUCAAAUCUAUCGUCGAUUCAGUUCUAGAUCCUCAAUUUCACUAGAUUCGAUAAUUAAUCAAUGAUUUAGUUUCUAGGGUUUCACUUUUUAGAUCCAAUUGAGUGCGUGUAUAUAUAUAUAUAUAUAUAUAUACAUAUAUAUUUAUUUAUCACUGGGAAUCGAUGAAUCUAAUGAAUCGAAUGGAAGAUGAACAGUCUCUAGGGUUUAUGGAAACCAAAAUAUUAAACCCUAGUUCAUCCUAUUUCACCUUUGGGAAAGGGGAAACUGGUAAUAAUAAUAACAACAACUUGAAUGAUCACAUCAUGAGCGAUGAAGACGAGCCCGGUUUCUAUGGAAAUAACGAGACGUGUAACCGGUCAAAGGGUAGAAAGGGUAAUUUGUCUUCGUCACGAUGGCAGCGGAUGAAAUGGUCGGAUAGUAGGGUUAGGCUUUUGAUUCAGGUUGUCGCGUGUGUCGGGGAUGAUGACGGUGUUGGUGAUGCCGGUGCUGGUGGUGGUUCGAGCCGGAAAUGUUUGCAUAAGAAAGGGAAGUGGAAGACGGUGUCGAAGAUUAUGGUGUCGAAAGGGUGUCAGGUUUCGCCACAACAGUGUGAGGAUAAGUUUAAUGAUUUGAAUAAACGAUAUAAGCGGUUAAAUGAUAUUCUUGGACGAGGCGUUUCGUGUAGAGUGGUGGAGAAUCCGGCGUUGAUGGAGACAAUGCCGCGGUUAUCGAGUAAGAUGAAAGAGGAUGUGAAGAAGAUACUGAAUUCGAAACAUUUGUUUUAUCCGGAAAUGUGUGCUUACCAUAAUGGUCAACGGAUUCCAAAUUGCACAGAGGAGCUUGAUCUUUUGCAGGCUCGUGAACCGCUAGUUGCUGGUCAACGCGGGUCAAAGGAGAAUGUGAUUCAUAGUGUUGAUGAAGGUGGAGAUCAUGAUGAAAGUGACGAUGACGACGACGAUGAUGAUGAUGAGAAUCACGAUGGUGAAGAUCAACGAGUAACGGGUCGUAACCGAUUUCUUGAUGAGAUGAAUGAAUUCUUUGCGGAUCCUAACAAUUCAAAGCUGCAAAAGAAAGUGUGGGUUGAGAAACGAAUGUUGCAGUUACAAGAACAGCGAGUUGGGCUUGAAACCGAAGGUUAUGAAAUGGAGAAACGACGGUUUAAAUGGCAAAGAUUUUGCGACAAAAAGGAUAGAGAGCUUGAGGUUGCGCGGUUGGAGAACGAGAGGUCGAUGUUGGAGAAUGAGCGUACGGCAUUACAGUUAAAGCAUAAGACUCAGGUUGUUGUUGACUCUGAAUAGCUCUUGGAUCUUUGAUGUUGACUUAUGGUAUGUGUAUGAAUUAUGAAAUGCCUAAAGUUUGUAUCUUUUUUGUUAUACCCUUAAGUCCUUAACUACAUAUAAUAUCACCCUUUUUUUGCAGUUA